AUGGAUAAGCCGACAAUCUUGAUCGUGCCAGGAGGCUUCACACUGCCUGAACUGUACAGUGACGUGAUCACCCAUGUCGCGAAUGAAGGAUACUCGGUUCAAGCUCUUCACCUUCCCAGCGUAGGCUACAAAGCCAACGUUGCAGGCACCAUGCAAGACGACGCCGCUUUCAUCGCUUCAGAAAUCUCAAAGCACGCAAACGAAGGCAAAGACGUCGUACUCAUCGCCCACUCUUACGGCGGUCUACCUGCUACAGAAAGCACAAAAGGACUCAGCAAAGUUGAUAGACAGCGACAGGGCAAUUCAGGCGGUCUGGUGAGACUGGCUUAUAUUUCGUGCAUCAUUCUACCAGUCGGAGAAUCUGAUGCCAGCGUUAUUAUGCCGGACAAUAUGCUUCCCCGAGCCGCUCCAUUCGAGAUUAGGUUUGAUGAUGAUGGAUGGUUGCAUCAGACGGACAUCUCGGCUACUGCUUCCAGUGUCUUCAACGACUUGCCGAAGGAAGACGGCGAAAAGUGGGCAAAGAUGAGUACUCGUCAUUCGGGUUCUACGUUUCCUGCUAGUCUGAGUCAUGCUGGGUUCAAAGAUGUGCCGGUUUCGUAUUUGCUGUGUACCAAGGACCUUGCGCAGGAGCCCGAGCUCCAGAGAGCGAGCAUCGUGAUGAUGGAAAGGCAGAUCGGUGGCAAGGUUGAUGUUACAGAAAUCGAAUCUGGACAUGCGCCAAAUGCAUCUCGGCCUAAGGAAGUCGCAGAUUGGAUCAUCUCCAUCACCGAGCGGUCAGCAUGA